UCUAACCAAGAUGGCGCCUGCUGCUAAUUUGUGUUGACAAGUGCGACUGGAAAAGAGGGGCGCCUGUUCGGUGCGUGCGCUUUCCGGUGGCUGCCUGGGAAUUAUGGCGGCCCUGGGUAAGCCGGAGACUCAAGUCAUCGACCUCAAUGGUCCCCUGCCCGGUCGUCUGGUGCUCGAAAGAGACGAGGAAGUUGUCGGGCGCAGCAGCGACUGCAGCAUAUGCGUGCGUUCCGUCAUGGUGUCCAGGCGCCACGCCGUCUUCAGACGCGACACAUCGGGUCAGUGGCGGGUCGCGGACGAUUCGAGCAUGAACGGUGUGUACGUGAACGGUCAACGAGUCGAGACCGAGAGGCCGCGGCUGCUGCGGCAGGACGAUGUGGUAUCGCUGGGCCCGCCGCAACGAACGAACCUAGUUUUUCGAUUCGUCACAGACGACCCUCGGCAUCGAGGUGGCGAUGCAGGUCAACGCCCCAAGGACGCUGCCACCUCUAGACCUCGUGCAUUUCUUUUCAUGAUCGGCGGCGGCCCCAACCUGCUUCCAAAAGAGCUCGACAGUGGCAACAAAGUCGCGCACAGGGCGGCGGCGCCCGCAGCUGACGAAAGCGAAAGUGACUCUUCGCCCGUCCUGCCCUCGGAUAGAGACAACAACAACGUGUUUGUACAGCCCGGUGUAUCGCCCAACGGCUUCGCAGCAGCGGGCCGGAGUGACGCCUUCUCCAAGCACAGCAAGAAGAUCAGACUUUCCGCGGGCGACAACGUAGUGCGCAGGGUAGAAAGCAUUAUGGAAAACGAGCUGACGUGCGCGAUUUGCAGCGAGCUGUUUGUGGACGCCGCCAUGCUGCAGUGCGGUCACACGUUCUGCUCGUACUGCAUUCACAACUGGAGGAAACAGAAGAACGUGUGUCCUUUCUGUCUCGCCUCAAUCAGCUCGGUCACACGGUCGUUCGUCGUGGACAACAUCAUCGAUGAACUGGUUUGCUUCAACCCAGAACUUAAGCGUUUUCGAGAGGCUCUAGCGCACUCCAGAUUAGCCGCUUCGUAUGGUGACGCCUCGAAAAACUGAUGAAAAAACUUAGCGCUUUUGUGGUGAUUAAUUACGCUGUGAACGUUUUCUACCUGUGUGUGUAUGUGUGUUAUUCGUUAGUGUUCUCUUAGCUUCCACCCCUCUGUAUUUGCAUUUUUGUUUUUCACACUUUGCGAGGAAGGAGGCGGGAAUACUGCGAACAAAACACGCCGUUGCAUUGCAUGUCACAGGGUAUACAUCUGUCGACGUUCGAAUAGAAGUCUGAUUUGAUUCUGUAUGUUUGCGAGGAAGAGUAUUUGGCUUUUGCUUGUAUAAAGAAUUAAAUAAAUAUUGCCUAUUGAUUAUGUC